CUUACUAUUUCUUCUUCGGUGGUAUCGACUUUAAAUUGUUUGUUACCUCAGACUCUCCCAUAUUGUGUCGUGUUCCUGCUAGAGAGACGAACCGUGUCGCGGCCUGAUUACAAAGUAAACCAGCAGAACGCAGAAAGGAUCCUGUUACAAAAGCGGUCACCAACGUGCAUGAUGAGCAGCGCAGUGGGGCUGUUUGCCGCGGCUCUGCUGUGUUUCUGCAGCGCUGCGUUCGGGCAGGCGGGCGCGGACGGCCAGCCAGGCGUUCUGGUUUUCUGUGACGACCCUUCGGUGCAGAAGGCCGUCACCAGCGCCCUGCACGACUUCAACAGCAAGCUGACCGUCGGACAAAAGCUGGCUCUGUUUGAGGUCACAGUGGCCAAGAAGACGGAGGACGGAUCCGACUCCUUGUACUACCUGGAGUUCACCAGCAGGCGGAGUGACUGUCCAGCAGGGGGGAGCAAAAACUGGACAGACUGCGACUAUCUUCCCACUGGAGCUCUGGCAGCAAUUUCAUGCAACGCGACAGUCUACGUGAAUGAGAAAGUAACCUUCACUAAAGAGGUGUAUUGUAAUAUUGACGGCUACAUUUCUGCAGAGAAAGCGAAGUGUUUGGGCUGCCCGGUGGAGAUUGAGGAAAACUCAGAGGACCUUAAAGUUCCUCUUGUAGCAUCAGUGUCCAAGUUUAACUCCAUUUCCAACUCGACUCACCUGUUCGCCAUAAACAGAGUCGGCCAUGCCACUAGACAGGUUGUUGCAGGUUUCAGGUACAAGCUGAGAUUCGACAUGAAGAAAACAACGUGUGCAAAGGCUGAGCACAAAGAUCUCAACGACCUGUGUGUCCCAGAUGAGGACAAUAAGGAGUUUGUAAACUGUAACGCUACCGUGGAUAUGGCACCAUGGAGACUGGAGCAGCCGAGUGUCCUGCUGGCAGAGUGCAGAAGUGGAGCUCUAUCUUUGAUUCGGCGCCGUCCUCCCGGCUGGUCUCCACUCAGGAACCUGGAUGCGCCGUCGUCUCACCCUUCUCCAUCCGUACCAUCCCCCUCCAAGACUCCGGGCAAAGAGGAAUCAUCCGAGGAGGACACGACGGCCUCCAAACCGUCAGCCUCCCCCAAAGCCAAUAACCACCCCUUCCACUGCCCCACCAGCCCCUGGAAACAAUUCAAGCCGGUCCAACCCGUAGCGCCGCCAGACGCCGCCCAGGCCUCCCAGAAGCCGCCAUUGGAGGGAGAUUUUAGUGAUACUGACCUGCUUUCUUAGAUUCUCUCUCAAGAAGCCGCAUUUAUCGUAUGUUGAUAAAAAAAAAAAAUAUUGGGUCUUCAAUGAAUUAGGUUUAACUUUUUCUUCUUGGACACAGGGCUUUAUUGAUGAUUUAAAUCUUCCCACAACUACCUUGGGGGCUAAAGGCUAACUACUUUUAUUGUAACCCCCGUUUCUCUGUUCAUUGGUUCAAAUUAACCAGAUUAUCUAUUUAAAAGUGUUUAUUAGUGAUGUAAUUCAGGCUUUCUGGAGCAAUAGCUGCACCACCAACUGACUCAACGAUAAACGGAAAGACGCUAGCGAGGCUGCUAGCGGUCAAUUACAGCUAGCGAGGCUGCUAGCGGUCAAUUACAGCUAGCGAGGCUGCUAGCGGUCAAUUACAGCUAGAGGCUGCUAGCGGUCAAUUACAGCUAGCGAGGCUGCUAGCGGUCAAUUACAGCUAGAGGCUGCUAGCGGUCAAUUACAGCUAGCCAACUUGUAGAGCUCAUUUAAGUAAGGUCUGAUUCCCAAAGAUCAACUAAAAAUCUAAAAUACACAGUAAAUGAAGAGCAGAAGAAUAAUCAGGGUCACAAUUUGCUGCUGCAGCCAGGCUAAAAUUGGAUAGAAAAUUAACAGAAAAAGUCAAAUUUCAAAUAAAACCUUUUAAGAUCUUUCAAAGUUUCCCACAUUUAAAAGAGAAAAAGAAUCUUAAAAUUAAAUACAUCUCCAUGGAAACAAAGGAUAAAGCAUGGGUGGGUUAUAUACAGGUGUAAGUGUCUUUGUUGUUUGUAUUGCAUGUCCAUCCACUAGGGGGCACUGUUAUGCCAGGAGCAUAUGUUUUUGGGUUUGUACUCUUCUGGGUCUGAUCUGUUCAUGGGGGAAAAAAGUUGAGCAAAGAUACGAGUUAUUUUUACUCACUACCAGGAAGCAACUGCAAGAAUAUACCAGAACAAGAGUUUUAUAUUACCUUCAUUUAAAUAAAGAUGAGUAAUUAUACUCUUAUCAAUUGAA